UCAGCCGGAGCCAAGCCCACAGACAGGACGUGCAGCCGGGCAGACAGGACGUCAGUCUGCCGCUGACAGCCGCCCAGCCGAGUCUCUCUGGAGUUAGCCAUGAGCUAACGAGCUAUUUUUUUAUUUAUUAUUAUUUUUACACGUUUUGUUUUAGCUACCAGAAAGAAAACCGGUCGGUAAAAAAAGAAAAAACGUCGUGUACAAGGUGAACACUGCUGUCCCUUCACAGGAUUUAUCAUUCGGCCCUUUUCGUCGCAGCUGGAAUCCUCUGACUGAUUUUUUUACGGUCUUCAUUUCACAAUCCCUCGCCCUCACCUUGAAUUUCCUUCCCCCUCUCUUCUUUUUUUUUUUUUUUGGGUUGGCACACACAGAGCCAUGGCAGCUGCUAAGCCAAAAGGGCAGAACUCUCUAGCCCUUCACAAAGUGAUUAUGGUGGGGAGCGGAGGAGUCGGGAAGUCAGCGCUCACUCUCCAGUUCAUGUAUGAUGAGUUUGUCGAAGACUACGAGCCCACCAAGGCGGACAGCUACAGGAAGAAAGUGGUGCUGGACGGAGAGGAGGUCCAGAUCGACAUCCUCGACACAGCCGGGCAAGAGGACUACGCGGCCAUACGGGACAACUACUUCCGCAGCGGCGAGGGUUUCCUCUGUGUCUUUUCGAUCACAGAACUGGAAUCAUUCGCAGCGACAGUAGACUUCAGAGAGCAGAUCCUGCGAGUGAAGGAGGACGAGAACGUGCCCUUCCUCCUGGUCGGUAACAAGUCGGACCUGGACGACCGACGGCAGGUGAGCGCGGACGAGGCGAAGGCCCGCGCCGAGCAGUGGGGCGUGUGCUACGUGGAGACUUCUGCCAAAACCCGUGCCAACGUUGACAAGGUGUUCUUCGACCUAAUGAGAGAGAUCCGGGCGAGAAAAAUGGAGGACAGCAAAGAGAAGAACGGGAAGAAGAAAAGCAAAAGUCUGGCCAAGAGAAUUAGAGAGAGAUGCUGUAUUUUAUAGUGGUAAGAGAGAGCAGGACGGCUGCUUAUGUACAUACACAUUUCUCAGACUUUUGCAUUUAUUUUGUGCCCAUACCUGACCAUGACUUUCUGUUCCUGGCUAACAGGACAUCUGACCGUGCGUCAGGGAGUAGUAAGGUGGCACUCCAUACACCAUUUAUAGCUCUAACUUUUUAUGUGCUGACACUCCAAAAUAAUUUAUGUACUCUCUCUCUCUCUCUCUCUUACUCUGACCACAUUUACAGAGUGUAAUAAAUGGAUGGUGUUUUUAAUUUAGGCCUAAGCUUGACAAAGAGGCUGAGCCCUGAAAUGUUACGAAAACCUUUCAUUGUAAAGUUUGAUGUGUAUAAUAUUAUUCAGACAACUGUGCAGUUUCAAAAACGUAGAAAAAAUCAAAACAAAAAAACGAAGGUGUCGGAGCCAAGGUUUAAACUGGGGGGGGAGGAUGUAACUGGAGCGUGGGAGGGGGAAAUGAAAGUCCAAGUGUCAACCCAGAAUUCAUCAAGUGCCACCGAAGAGGAAAUGUACAUUGCACUGGUGAACCUACGUAAGCAUUUUAGCCGAAAGAUUGUCGCGUGAACGAAGCCACAGCCGAGAAAUUCGAUGCCAUUCCUAUUUGUCAAUUUUACUACGCGAUUUCUGGUCACGAACACUCGUUAUACACCUGUGAAGUCAAGCUUUUCUUUUCUCGUCCUCCUCUGUCACAUCAACCAGUGUAAGAUGAGCGCACUAAUGUUUCUCCCCCCUUCUUCUUCUUCUUCGCGUCACUUUGUUGAGUCUCCUCAAACGCACACAUGACAUUGAUCAUUACUCUUAAAUCUGUGAGGGAUUUUACAACACUUGAACUUUUGUCAGCUCUAACAUUUCAGAAGUUUUUACCUCGCUCGGCUAAUGACUUUCAUUGCCUGUUUUUUUUUUAUUUGAUUUUUUUAUUUGAUUUGUUUUGCGAUAAAGGAAUCCCUGGUGCUCUGAUAAAAGGCGAUUCCGUAACACUACAUCCUUUACAUACUCUCUUGAACGCAUCGUCAAGUCGAUGACAUAAAUAGCUUCCAGCCAUGUAAAGAUAUAUUUUGCCAAUUUUAACUUUUCCCGGCUCCGACUUUUAAUCACAAACCUUGUGUUUCCCUCGUAUUUAAAAAACAAAACAACUUCAUUGUAUUUAAGUGAGGUUAAAUUAACGGAGGAAUUUUAAGACGUAAUAUGAACGCAGGCUUGAUCGAAGUGAGGUGGUACCUAUCCCAAAAAAAGGUCGCUCUCAGUCACCAAAGAAAAACGCUAGCUAGUACAAACAAGUGCCCACUUAUUGACAGAAGUGACAACUCGCCAUAGUGAGCAUCAAAACUGACGGGGGCAUUACGAGGGAUUAAGUAAAUUAUGUACAGUGCAUCACUGUUGCCUCUCUGUCCAUUGCGAAUGUGAAUAAUCCCCCCUCCCUCCUGUUUGCCUGUAAUCUUAGAACGCCAACGGCGCGCAAAGUUUAGAGGUCGCUGACUUCCUGCUUUGUUUACCUUUCGCGUGAGGCUACCUGGUGUUUGUACAGCUGGAGUAACACCGAACUGGAAUCCCUGACAUGUUUAUUUGAUUGUGAAGCAGUGUAAAGAAUUGGCAAAAUGACGAACGCUAUCGUAUGAUUAUAGACCAAAACACACUGUGAAAUCUGCCCCCUCCGUUCUCUUGAUUUCCCUUCGUGACUGAGCCUCUUUUUAUUUUAUAUUUUUAUAACCACAACACUUCUAACUUAUUUAAAAUAACUUAAUUUAUUCCCUUUUUGUUUCUGAAGUCUGACCACCACCAGUUUAAAGGGCACAUUCAGACAGGAUCUGGCACUGCGGCGAAAACGCAGGUUUUUCCACUCAUCUGAGUGACGGUGGUGCAUUUUGGCUGCGACGGUGUGGGCUGCAGGGUGGAAAGAAGAAAAAAAAAUGCAUCCCGACCUAAUGCUGCUGCCAAUCAGACACUCGGAUCGGGAAAACACUCCACAUUCAGCCUGAAAUGUCUCUAUCCAUGAGACUAUCCAGGUGGAUUCAUGCACUUAACUCUGAUAAUCUACCUGUUGUUUAUUUUAUGUACCGAACUUCUGAAUCUGUGUCUGGCUCGCAGUUUAUGCUGUGAAAUAGCGACACAAAGAAGUUUCUUUUGGUCUGAGUGUGGUUGCAUUUGUUGAAAGACACAGACAGUGAAUGAGAGUGAGGGAGCGUCGGCUUCGAUAAAGCCGAUUUAAUCAGCGAAAUAAAGUUGUUUCCUGAUUGUUUCACAGCGGUUACAUUCAGCACAAAUAGACAGAACCCCUGCACACCGCCGGACAACCCUGUAACAAUUCCCCAGAGUGCCUGAUCCUGUCUGAAUGCGGACUAAGUCAGGAACAGAAGAGUAAAUGUGUGCUGACAGCAAACGCUCAGCAUUUACAUUAAAGGAUUUCCUCAACCAAUCGGGUGCCCAACACUGGAGUCUAUGCAAAAAUGUUGCAAUUGCAAAGAGAAACUUGGAACCGAUCCAAAACGUCAUCAGUGUCUGAACUACUUUCUAAUAAGACUUGAGUGCAGCAGAAGCAUUUAAGCUUGAAUGCUGCUUAGAGAUUUGACCACAGGUCAUUAAGAAAACCCAACGUCAUUCAACGAUUGUGAAGCGUUUUAUAUUUCAAAAAGCUUUCUCAUUGAUUCCCCGAGUUAAUAACACGAACACUAAAGAAUCCCUGGCUUGAAUCACAGGCUUUGUUUGUCGUACGAAACGGCCGCAACGCAAGAGGGGGGACGUCCGUGGUAUUUCUUGUUAACUUGAAAAAAGCACACAGUAAGAGAGUUGGAGAGUUUUAAAAGACGGGAGUGAGAGACGAUAACGUGAGGCGGACUUGAACCCAAAUCGUCACGAUGCCGCGGCGUCAGAACAUUCGGAGAGCAGUUUGGGUUCAUAUGUUCUAAGGGCUAACCUCCAGUACACCACAGCAUGAUUGAAAACACAGCUGAAAGUCCAAGUGACGGGCGCAGAGACUGACGUGUAGUGUAGGAAUCACAGCCUGUCGUGGCGUUACCUUCCUUUAGCUUAUAGCCAUUACAUUAACUACGUGUGUCUUCAUAGCUGAGGAUUGCAGAAGCUUGGAUACUUAAAACAAACCACCAUAGUGCUUGCUUACUCUUAACAUUGGCUUAACACAGUCUGAUUCUUGUUUCUGAAGCAUCUUCAUAAUUAUUCUACUUCUUCUUUUCGUCGUCUUCAUGUAUAGUUUAAUAGACUUUAUGGCCCAGAUAUUUUCAGCAGGAUUUAAGGGGUGAUACUAAAACAAGAUAUUUGUGUGAACGCUAUGAGAAAACUGUCCUACUGGGUAUUCAGAUAACUUGUUUUGCCUUUUUAUAUAAACGCCCUUGGAUUAAAAAAAAAAGAAACUAGAUAUCGCUGUCUUUGAUUGGUUGUAUGUAUGCCAUCAAUUAAAUGUUUCCUUCAUGUUUACUUCUUUUCGAACAUAACCACUAAUGUAGCCUAUCUGUCUGUGAAUGCAAGAGGUGAAGCUUACAUUUCAUUUCAUUUUUUUGUGAGUUAUUUGGAAAUGGCAAAUAAAGUGGAUAUUACUAAUAAUA